GUGAUAUAUACAUGUAUAUAAAUGUAGCAGUUCUAACAUAAUACAUUUGUAGAAUAUGUCUACAAGCGUAUCCAGCUCCAUCAAUGACGAGGAAGAAGAAAAUUUCAUCCAUAUCUAUAAACUUGUAGUAGGUGUUGGAACUGAGGCUGUCAGAAAUACAUUCGAUGGCUUAUUUCUACCUACCAGUCUUGUGGCCACCCUCAAGAAAGAGGAAAUGAACCUACGAAGACUUGGAAAGAAAAAAAGACUGACAGCUAAGCAAUUAGACAUCUUGUUUCCGUCAUCAGGACCUACAUCAUCAAAAGUGUAUGAUAUUAGUCUUAUGGUGUGUCUGAUUAGAAAUCUUGUAUCAGUCAGCCCGCCAAUCAAUGGUUUUGACACAUUACCUUUAAUAACAGAAACAAGUAUGGGAGCUGACCUGGCCAGAAUCAAAUACUACAGGAACGAGGUGGCCCAUGCUGAUAGUGACAAAAUUGCAACCAUUGACUUUCAAGCAAAGUGGCAAGAUCUUGUUCAUGCAAUUAUAAGACUAGGUGGAACAAAAUACAAGAAUGUAUGUGAUGAAUUAGAACAAGCUAAGCUAAGUAAAAACUGCAUAACUGACCUCCGACAGCAGAUUGCUAAGCUUCAGGAGGAAACUAGAGACAACGUACAACAACUAAGACAAGAUAUAGAUAAUAAGAUAGAAACAGAAGUAGGUAAAAUGGAUGAAAUACUACAGGAUUCAAAAAUAGAAAUAAUAGCCAAACUUGACAAAUUGGAGAGAGAGGAAACACAAUUAUUCACGAAUAUGACCAAUAUAGACAUAACUCAACACAAAUUGAAGGAAAGUGUUUCGGGAUUGGAAUGUGAAAAGAUUGAGGCUAACAAAAGGCUGUUAGAAAUAAAGAAGGAACAAGAUAACUUGAGAAGCAAAUUAGACGAAUCAAAAAUACAAAAUCAUGAUGUUGGAAUCAAAAUCGAGGAAAUUAGAACAGAUCAACAGGAACUACAGAAACAAAUAGGCAUAUUACAUGCAAUACAAUAUAAGGCGACUGAAUCUGAAAUAGCAGGGAAAGAAGAGGUUAAAGGAAUCAAAGCUGAAAUUAACACUUUCAAGGAAGACAAAGAACAAAUAAUAAACAAAUUGGAAAAGCUUGAAGUUGAACAAGAAGAUCCGGUUCCAAGGAAUAUAAGAGAACAAGUAAAAAGGAGAAUUGAUGAAUGGAAAAUCAAAAAUAUAAAAUUCAUUCGUACUAGAGCUAAAACGGAUGUUCUUGCAAAGAUUAGUUCAAACAGCUGUGUAGCUGUAACUGGUAGCAGUGGAUCGGGUAAAAGUGCAAUUGUGCGACAUGUCUCAUUACUGUUAUACGAAGAAAGCGGCUUUGAUAUUAUUAUAGUUUCAAAUCCUAUGGAACUAAAGAACUAUUACAAACCAGGAAGAAAAACAUUGUUUGUUUUAGAGGAUGUUUGUGGGAAAUUCACUGCUAACAAAAGACAAAUAGAUGAUUGGAUUUCCAUGAUAGAUGUCUUGAACCAGGUUAUGGCAGACGAUCUUUGCAAAAUAUUGCUGUCCUGCCGAUUGCAGGUGUAUAAAGAUGCAAAAUUUUCGGAGAUUGACGCAUUUAAAACAUGUGAAUGUAAUAUUACAUCUGAAGAGCUAUGUCUUACAAUAAAUGAGAAAAAAAAGUUUGUAAAAACUUAUUUGAACUUAGACAAUAUUAAAGUUGAUAUACUUUCGAGGAAAAACGACAUGUUUCCUUUCCUCUGUGCACUGUAUUUGACCGAAAAGGAAGAUGUUGAUAUUGAAAAAUAUUUUAACACGCCAUAUCGCUUUUACCAAAAAGAAUUAGAAGCACUAAGAAUAAACGGGACAUAUAAGCUAUGUGGGUUGUGUCUUUGUGUCUUGUUUAACAAUCAACUAAAGGAGAGCUAUUUUGUAAGACUUACAAAGAAGUUUCGAAAAAUUGUAAAGGAUACGUGCGAAUAUUGUGGACUUAGCAAGGAAACAUCGGCCAUCGGGCUUAAAGAUGAACUAGACACUUUGGAGAAAUCGUACAUCAGUAAACAUGAUGGAGUUUAUGAAGUUUAUCAUGAUAAAUUAUUUGAUUUCAUGGCAUAUUACUUUGGGCAGAUGAUGACGCAAUGCUUUAUCGAUCAUGCAGACAGUGCUUUUCUGCGAGAAAGAUUUCUGUGGGAAAAGGCUAUCGACACUGAAGAACACUGGCAUGUAAUGGAAAAUAUAGUGAGCUUAAAGGAUGAAUUUCUACAAUCAUAUAUCGAUAGAAUGAUAUCGGAUUGGUCAAAUGGGAAGGUAUCGGAUGUGUUUUAUAAUAUAAAUAUGAGAAGUCCCUCCUUUAGAGAAGAAUUUCUUAAAGGUCUGAACGGGAUUGGCGAAAUACAAGCAACAAAGAUGUCCAACAUGAAAGACGUCUUUCGAGUUGACUUUGCAUCCGGUAACACACCAUUAAUUAUUUCAUGUGUAGAUGGUUACGUGGAUCUUCUGAAUUGGCUUUUAGAACAUAAAGCAAAUGUUAAUGAACGCCGACAAGACGGGUCAUCAGCGUUGUAUAUGGCAUGCCAGAAAAAUUAUGGUGAUGUUGUGAACAUUUUAUUACAGAACAAUGUUGACGUUAAUUUAUGUACAGAGGAAGGAGUGUCGCCUUUAGGGAUUGCCUGUUUCUUUCAAAGCAAUUUACAGAUUAUAAGCGAGCUGCUUAAGAAAAAUGCAGAAGUUAAUAAGUACAGAUUUAAGGAAAAUAACAUGACCCCUUUAUUCAUGGCAUGUCGACAAAACUUUACUUCAGCUGUCGAGGAAUUAUUAAAGCAUGGAGCAGAUCCCGACAUCUGCCUGCACGAUGGAAUGUCUGUCCUUUUAUAUGCAUGCCAGAAUAGGUACACAGAAAUAGUUAGUUUGCUUGUUCAAUAUAAAGCAAACCCAAAUUCAGAAAUGCUAGAUGGUGAUACACCGUUGUUUGCAGCUUCACGGAUGGGAUUUAGAGAUAUCGCAGAACUACUAUUAGAAAAUGGCGCCAAUUUUCAUAAAUGUUUACACAACGAGGAAGCAAUAGCGAAAUCACUCGAAGAAACAGAGUCAUUAGAAAAUGAAAAACAGGCAUGGUUUGAUGAUGUAAAGUCUUUUGGAUCCGACGCAAUUGCUGCAUAUAUAGAAAACAAAUCAGUAGAUUACGUAUUCGGUGUGUUUGCUGGAUCAUCGCCUCUUCACGUGGCCUGCUUUAUGGGUCAUAUUGAAAUCUGCAGAUUGUUAACUGGAAAGUUAUCAAGUGUAGACAUACGAAAAGAAGACGGCACCACGCCUCUGUUUUAUGCUUGUGAACUUGGUCAUCUUGUUAUUGUUCGUGUACUUUUGGAAAAGGGGGCUAACCCAAAAAUACAGAGAGACGAUUUGAGUUCUCCAUUAACCAUUGCAGAGGUGAACGGUCAUACUGAUGUUUUGUCACUGCUGACAAAAUAUUGAAAAAAGGAUAGGAAUUUAAACGUUAUCAUCUGAGACAAAGGUACAGCAUCCAUAUACUCUAACAUGUCUAAUGAAAAAUGACAUUGGACCUUCAAAUGUACUACAUCAUGUACAUAAGAGACCACAAUACUAGUAUAUUGAAUACUGGAACAUACUUGUUAACAUUUGUUUUGUUGAAAAAUUUACUCUUAAAGGGGCACUAGCUGUCAAAUUCAUGUUCACCGAUUUGAAUCAAAUUCCCAUAUUUGAUUUAUAGAAUAUUCAAAUAUUUAUUCAAAUUAUAAAAAGUCUAAAAUAAACAAUUUACAAGGCAUGGGCUCGAUAAUAUGUCUCGUCGUUUCGUGUGUAUUUUAGUCUAGACGCCAUCUAAUUAACUAUCGAGUUAACCUCCGAAUAUUGCCUAUGAUCAUAUAAGCGAUAAAAACAUAAAUAAAGAUAUAAAUUGACAGCCAACUCGUGCAAUUGGAUUUUUCUACACUGUGCUAGGUCUGUUUAAUUUCAUAUUAUAGGUUAAAAAUAUAUUUUAAUAAUCGUUUUUACCUGUAUAACAAUGAGUUUUUAUGGAUCGAUUCAGUCAAUCAAAUGAUUUACCUUUAUUCUAAUGUUGACAUUCUUUUCCUUUUGAUAAAUGAACACGCACAAUUCAUACGUUAUCCAUCUCUAACUAAGGGUUUAAAUUGAAGUUCACAUGAAUACGGAUUCAAUGAGGUCGAAUUAUUCACUUGCAAGUGAACAAUUCAUGAUCGAUGUUUCUUAGCUUAUUUUGCCAAAAUUGAACCAUACUGGCUGCUAAAAGCGAAUUAUUAUUUCACUAAUUCACUUUCAUAAAUGAUUGAACAAAAAACAUCAUAUUUCAAAUUUUGUAUAUAUCUCGUAGCUAGUGCCCCUUUAAGCAUGUUAAGUCAAUCAUAUAUAAUUUUGAACAUAACAACGUACGAUUAUAAAUUUCUUGCAGAUUAAGUGCCAGAUAACAGUACAGGAAAGGUAGCAAAUAACUGUACGGUAAUAUUCUGAUAAAACCUUUAAAAAGGAGACAAUAUUUGAUAAAAUAUAGAUUUUCUGCAAUUAUCUCUUUCUUGAAUAUUGAGAAACUUGACUGGAUAUCCUUGUGAAACAGUAACAAAUAAUAUUUAAUGUUUUCUGCAGCUUUUAGCAUGUUUAGAGCACACAGAAGGUAAUAAUGUAUAUUUCAUGUUUUUGGAAUAUAAGCUUAGAUUGAAAUUGCUCCCUUACCAUGUCAAUUUGACAAUAAGAUAUCAUAAUACAAGUGUAUGCAUUAAACUAAAGAAUCUAGUAUAUUUUGUCUGUAUACAAUGCCCAUCAUUAAUAAUACAGACAGGAUAAUGUACUGACCAUUAAUUUGCAUUGCUCUUUUGUUUUCUGUACGUAAUCAGUUUACACUGAGUGUUAGCGAGGUGUAAAAUAUGGUCAAAUAUAAUGCCUACCCAUGUAAAAAAGGGCAUAGAGCAUGACAUGAAGGAAUUAUUUCGAUUCUAAUAGGACAAAUACAGUAUUAUAAGUCGAAGCGUACGAAAAUACCUUAAAAAUGUUUGGCUGUCCUCGUUUCCUCCUCUCGGAGUCUGUACAUUACAUUUUCAUAAUUAUUUAAUAAGUUUAAAAACUAAAAGCAGGGUAAAUAUAUGUUUUUAGAUAAUCAAUAUAUUAUAAAAAUUUAUGUAAGCUGCUAAAAUGUAUAUAUUUUAUUAGAAUAACAAUGCCGAAAAUAACGAGAAUAACAGUAAAUUUGUGCGCAUGUGUGAAACAUAUUUUGUGCUCAUUAGAACACGGCUUUGUUUACAAAGCGUAAUAAGGAUAUACUAUUAGAAUAUUUAUUAUAAGUUGUUAUUAGCUUUGAAUUAGCUAUCAGUAACUGCGAGUAGUCUCAAAUCUGUAAUUAGUGUCUUUUUUGUUUCAAUUAAUUUGCAUUAUCAAGGGGCAUACUGUGCAAAUAUACAUGUAUGUGCCACUGACUAUUUGGAUUUGCCCAUUGGUAUAAUUAUGUACUUUGUAUAACAAAAGACUUAAUAACUGGUUAUGAGUGGAAUAACAAGUUUGUCCCUUCAAAACAAACAACAAGACUAAGACUAAAAAAUCAAUCAGUACACAUCCUAGAUCCAAUGGAUUUAGUGUAAAGACGUCAUAAACAGUCAGGGAAAAACAUGACCUUGUGCAAUUGUAAAGCAAAAUAUUGUCCUAUGAAAUAUUGUCCUCCAAGACAAUAUUUCACGACUAUGUAUCAUGACAUAUUGUCCUCAUCUAUGAAAUUAUGUUCAGAGAAGGAUAUAUUUUCUUUGUGAAAUUUUGUCUGUAUAUAGACAAUAUUUCACAGAUGAAUACUAUGAAAUUUUGUCCUGGUAAAGGGAGGUUAUUGUUCGUGUGUAUUGAGACAAUAUAUCAUAGACAGAUUGUCAUGUAAUUUUGUCUCAUGAAGCGGAGGUUAUCAGUGGAAAUGAAAUACAGGUAUUGGACAGGGACAUACCAAUUAUUCCUGUACCUCCAAAACGCUGUCGAAAAAGAUCCGCCAAUCUAGUAUAUACAAAUACUAUUAGUACAUUCAAUUUUAGAUUGUCAGUUCAUUACUUAUAUCUAUACAGUAUAAUGUUGGCUGUUGUACAAAGAAACAUAUGUUAGACAAUUCUUUAAUCUAAUAACAAUUUAUUAAGUAUCUAUGCAAAUUUGUAUUUCAAUAUAUUGCAAAAUAUUGCGUUUUUACGAAGUUGUAAAAUUAUAAACUCUUGGAUAUUUAUUGGAAAGUAGAAUACUUUUGUUACAUAAAUAUAGGCUGUUUUUGAUAAUACAAUGGACAUGCAUCAGGUACUAGCAUCAUUAUUUCAUGCAAUAAUACUGAUAUCUUCACAAUUUAAACAUUUGUGCCAAUUUUAAGACGGUUUUUGUCUAAAAUGGAAGUGGCCGCACUUGUGUUCAGUCUUAAUAUUUAAAUAUAUGUUGUAUUUUAUGAAAAUACAUAACAUAUAUAAACGUUGAAAAUGAACACGAAUGCGGCCAAUUCCAUUUUUAAUCAAAGCGCGAAAGCGCUGUAAAGGCAGUUAAUUACAGGUUGUGUGUAUUUUUAGUCCAGUUAUAUCAUUAUCUUGCAUAGUACAGUGUACUUAUCAGAGGUGGCUUUCAGUAUUUAAAAUUUAGAGUUCUCUAAUGAUAUUGAACAAGUUUUGUGAAUGUCAUAUUCUGAGCACUUUAUGAAGGCGAUUGUUCUCACUUAUGAACUAGUGCAUUUAUAUGUCCAGUUUGUACCUUGUUUAUCUAUGAUUAUAGUCAAAUACUGUUUGGGCAUUUUCUUUUAAGUAAUUAAUAAAUGCUAUCAACUGUAUUUUAUUCAACUUUGUAAAUGUGGUUUGUUACUAGUAAGUAUGGAUGAUAGUUGUUUCAUUGGCAAUCAUACCACAUCUCCUCAUUUAUAUAAUGAUCUAUAUUCAACGACCUCAGGUACAAAAAAAAUGUAUGUACAAUGUAACUUAACUAUGAUGGGAAACCUUUGACUUCUUUCUUUUAUAUAAACUUUUGAUUUGGUACCUUAGAACUAUGUAUAAUAAUCCUGUUGAACUUAUCGUGCACAGAUUACUUUGUCUAUCAUUUUAUAUAUGUAUGAUGGUAUUAACCUGCUAUCCUUGGAUUCCACAGCUUUAAAAAUAAGGUGAACACAUGUUCAUAUGCCAUGUAUAUGCAACACAGCUCAAGGUAAAGUAUGCCAAUAAGAAUGUUGGUAUUAAAUCUCAGUGUACUUUGAUGUUUAUGAGCAAUUUGUAUGACUGUUUGAUAUAAUAAACUAGCACAUAGUAUAUGUGUGUAUCUGUGGAGUUACAUAUUGGAUAUACAUGUACCAAGCAUAUAUGUUGGCAUGGAUGAUAAUAGAUAUUGUGGCAUUAUUAUAAAAUACACUGUAUAUGGAUAUGUUAUAUAAAUUUUAUUUGUAAACUAUGGUAACAUACAGUCAAUCUCAAGAUAUCUAUUUUAAUCUUAAAAGCAAUGUAAAUUUAACAAUGGGGUACACAUUGUCUUCCUAUACUUCAGAAUAUAAAUUUGAACCUUGGUGAUAAUCACCGUAUACAUGUAUAUAUGAUUUUCUGUACCUCACCAUGGUACGCACUUUUACUUAUUAAUAUAAAUGGACUAUUCUUUAUUAU